UCUUUUUAUCACUGAUUGCUUUUACAAACAUAAAGGCUGUAAAAGCAAUAAUUUCUCCUUCUCUCUGGCUCCAUUCUUGCAACCAUUGAGAAACAAUGUGAGAGCUGUGAUUGGUCACAGCUUGUCACGUGGCACAAGGCUGUUGUGAAUAGCCCUGUACCAUGUGACCUCUGCGAUCAUUCACAAAUUUCACAAGUAGUAAGCAAUGAUGUCAGCAAGUGACAUCUUGCUUACUACUAUUCAUGUGAUCACUGAUUGGCCAAUCAGUGAUCAUAUGAUCAGGACCACACACAGAGGUUCUGUACAGCGAUCAGUGUUCCACUGUGCCCGGAUCACGGUUCCGUGUGCUCCCAGGGAGCUUGCACAGGCAGAAAAUGCGGAGGUCGUUUAUAUAUGGCCACCCGCUCCUGCACUGCCCCCGUUCGGCCGUUUAUGUACAUGGGCCAGACGGGAAGUGGUU